AUGGUACUUGGUACUAUUAUCUGUAUUAUAUUCUAUUUUCAAAUCCUAGUUAAUGAUGCUAAGCUGAUGCAAAGUAAUUUUCUUAACAAGAGCAACAUAACAACACGGAAUCAUACUGCACCGGGAGCUGUAAUUGUUGAGAUUCAGAACAUCUUCGAUAAUCAAAUAUCACAUAGAAAUAACAAACUUCUCACACAAUUUUCUGGUCAAUACAGAGAAAUAUCAUCCAUAUCAGCAACGAAUUACAGUACUCACGAAUACAUGCUCGAAGAAAUCUUGUUCCUUAUUACUACGCAUGCGAGACGGAUUCUCACGACGAUACAUUUUCUAAAGUUUUGGGCGACUCGUCCCGGUAUUAAUUGUCUUAUCGUUUUCCACGAAAAGGAUUUUAUGAACUAUACCAAUAUCACCGACUUUCUUCUUCAACAAGGAGUUCUUUGUGAGAUACAAACGUCGCCGGUGGAACGUUAUGAACAAAGAUAUUUUGAAUUAUUCUAUGAUGGUUGGAAGAAACAGGAAAGCGAUAGUCAUCAGAAUGAACGAAGACGAAUACAAUGGUUCGCCGUGGGAGAUGAUGAUACAAUUUGGUUUGUGAACAAUCUUCUGCAUGUUCUUCGUCAAUACAACUCGUCAGACGCAAUCUAUUUGGGAAACACGUCUACUAAAAAGUUUAUACUUAAACGACAUGGCGCGUUCUUCGGCUAUGGUGGUGCAGGCAUCCUUUUGAGUCGAUCGUUGGCAUUAUCAUACGUGCAACAUCGCCAACAAUGUGACCGAUUCUACGCUUCAUUCGGCGGGGAUGAAAUGAUUGGUAAAUGUGUUGUUGAAGAGUUAGGAGUGAAUCUAACGAGAGAACACCAUUUCCAUCAGAUGGAUCACUAUGGAAACAUGCUUGGUAUGCUGGAAAGUGGAGUGAAUGGGUUAGUCACUUUGCACCACAUGUCUAGUCACUGGAAACCGUAUCCUAUUUUAAACAUGAACAAUACAGAAGAAGCAGUGCGUCGUUUAAAUACUGCCUAUUCUAUCUUCGACAAAUCCUUUCUAAAAAGAUAUUUUUACGUUAAUCAUGACACGAAUCAAAGCGUGCUGUUAACUAUGGGCCAUUCAGUCAGUGUGGUCAAUCGCAUUCUAACUACCGAAGAUUUAUCCAUGGUGGAAAGAACAUGGUGCUGUGAUGAGAUGAUUGAUCGAAGCUUUCGGCCAGAAGAAACAAACAAGACGACCUGGUAUUUCCAACAACUUAUCAAUGAGACUUGUAUCGACGGUAUCAGAUAUGAAAUGAUUUACGAAAGAACAGUUGGUAGUAAUGAUCAAUAUUCCAGUAUUAAAGUUGCCUUCUCACUUUCAAGAUCACCUGAUUGA